UCCCAUCACGAAGAGAGAGAGAGAGAGAGAAGCAACACCACCGCCUUUCCCACCCAGCAUCUCUACCACCCGACAACGAACUCGAGUGGGGAAAAAAACACACACACAAGUCCACCCAAGACUGUCCUCCGGUGUCCAGAGUCCCUCUUCUUCCUCCUCCUCAAACAUGUCCGUGGGCAGCGACUUUGGAAACCCUUUAAGAAAAUUCAAACUCGUCUUUCUGGGGGAGCAAAGUGUUGGGAAGACGUCUCUGAUCACACGAUUCAUGUAUGACAGCUUUGACAACACGUAUCAGGCCACAAUUGGAAUUGACUUCCUAUCGAAAACCAUGUACCUGGAAGAUCGAACGGUCAGGUUGCAGCUGUGGGACACGGCGGGACAAGAGCGCUUCAGGAGCCUCAUCCCCAGUUAUAUACGGGACUCCACCGUGGCCGUGGUGGUCUACGACAUAACAAACAUCAAUUCAUUCCAGCAGACAUCAAAAUGGAUCGACGACGUGAGAACAGAGAGGGGAAGUGAUGUCAUCAUCAUGCUCGUCGGAAACAAAACAGACCUGGCAGAUAAGAGGCAAAUCACAAUUGAGGAAGGUGAACAGAGGGCUAAAGAGCUGAGUGUCAUGUUCAUUGAGACCAGUGCCAAGACAGGUUACAACGUCAAACAGCUGUUUCGACGUGUGGCAGCUGCUCUUCCAGGGAUGGAAAGUAUGCAAGAAACAAGCAAAGAAGGGAUGAUUGACAUCAAGUUGGACAAACCGCAGGAGCCGCAGACCACUGAAGGCGGCUGCUCUUGUUAAUACUUAGUACUACCCUGGAAAACAUCAUUUACACCACAUGCUUGUUAUGUUGCUUCCUAUUGGUUAACCUGCAGUUGACUUUGCACGUUGAGAAUCUGGCCUCCCCACCUGACUAUUGGUCAUUGGUUGGAACUAGCAAUAUGUGAAUUUGGUUAUAAAGUAGUGUAGCCUACUUUGUUAAUGAAACUGCCAAAAAGUCUUAGAACUUGCAAAAAAAUGGAAAAGAAUCAAAAAAAGACAAAGAUGUGAAAAAAGAUCCCCAAGUUGCAGAUUAUGUGUAUACCUUUUUUUUUUUAGUAGAAAAGGAAGUUUCCCCAGUUUCUUUUUGUAUUUUUGUAUAUUCAGGGAAAUCUCUCUGGAACGGUUGUCUUUUUAAAAGAUGCAAACAACCAAGCUCUGUAUUUGAGCGCUUGACAAGAGCAGAUGGAUUUAGACGUACACUUAUGGAUCCCACUGUUGUUAUGGGUGUAGAUUCAAAAUCCAGCCCAUACUACCCCAACCUUGACCACUCUUACCUAACCCUACAUAGCCAUUUUCAACUUUACACCUACACUUACGCAUCUCGUGGCGUAUAACCGAAACAUGACAACACUUACGCCUAAAGCCUUCCGGUUUGGCGGACCAAUCACAGCACUCCUGCCCGUAACCCCGGUGGGAUCCACAAUUUUGCGUUUAUAGACGUUACAGGUCGAACUGAACAGUAACAUCUUGAGUAUCUAAUGCAUGCCUAGUUUUUGAGCAUAGGUACUGUCUACCAGUGUACACGAGUUUGAAUAUGUAAAUGGUAACAUUACACCAGUGACUUAAUGCACUCUGAUAACGACUAGUCAAAGUCUCUUGUUUAUUAACUGGAUUUGUAUACUUGACUUCGGAUUAUCUUUUUGUCGUGUGUGUGUAAAUGUGUGCUUUCUGUAUAGGCAACGUUAGAAUGCAUUUAUAGAGGGCCACUGCCAAGUCAUUCUUGCCACAUUACUGACGGACUCUUGUUACCGUUUAGGUCACCGUUUGUUUGCAGUAUGUCGUAGACCUCCCCCCACUCACGACAAUAUGACAUCUGCUAGUGCAUUGUGUGACAUCUUGGUAGUUGUGAUUAUGAUAGUCUGCACAUGUAAUGGAGCAGGUGGAGAGAAUCAAA